GGCGUAUCCUCAUAGGGGAUAGCUUCCUUCCAUCGGCUCGCGAUCAAUACUGGGAUGGAUAAAAGUACAGAAACUGUUUUCUUGCGAGCAUUGUACGUACUCUCGUGGCAUCUCAACUUCUCAGAGAGCUCUAUCUGAUAUGCGAUAUAAACUUUCCAUAUAUACGUUCGUUUCUUCAGUACAAAAUAAAUAUUUGUUUACACACCGCGUACAAAAUAUUGUCACACAUAAAUGUUGCGUUUUGCGGGGAACGUUACUGUCAGGGGAAAUCUUGGAGAACUUGUUGAGAGUGAAUUUUUUAUUCUAUAGCGUGCUUAAGCACGCGAUAUUCUCGCGAGGACAAAACGGCGAAGAUGAAGAGACAGAAUGUCAGAACCCUAUCAUUGGUAGUGUGCACAUUUACGUAUCUUCUGGUCGGUGCCGCGGUAUUCGACGCUCUUGAAUCGGAUACCGAGAGGAAACGCUGGGAAUUUCUCUCGGAAAUACGUCGUAAUAUGAUGAAAAAGUACAAUAUUACGCCAGAGGAUUAUAGGAUGGUCGAGAUCGUAAUAAUAGAGAACAAGCCACAUAAAGCGGGACCGCAAUGGAAAUUUGCGGGUGCCUUCUAUUUUGCCACUUUAGUAUUAGCCAUGAUUGGUUACGGACAUUCUACUCCUGUAACUAAAACUGGAAAGGCAUUUUGUAUGGUAUAUGCGAUGGUAGGGAUUCCUUUGGGACUGGUAAUGUUCCAGAGCAUUGGCGAGAGAUUGAACAAAUUUGCAUCGGUCGUGAUCAGACGAGCAAAGACAUAUCUCAGGUGUCAAAGAACCGAAGCUACUGAGAUGAAUCUCAUGCUAGCGACUGGUCUCCUCUCAAGUAUAAUUAUUACCACAGGUGCUGCGGUAUUUUCAAGAUAUGAGGGUUGGAGUUAUUUUGAUAGUUUUUAUUACUGUUUUGUAACGCUCACGACCAUAGGUUUCGGUGAUUAUGUCGCUCUUCAGAAUGAUCAAGCGCUUUCCAACAAACCUGGAUAUGUAAUUUUGAGUUUAGUCUUCAUCCUAUUUGGCUUGGCCGUAGUUGCCGCCAGUAUUAAUUUGCUAGUACUGCGUUUUAUGACGACAGAUUCCGGUGAGGCUCGUCGCGAUGACACAGAGCUGCAAUCUGCCUCGCAUCACGUUUUGACACUAGACGGCGAGGUUGUGGCGGUAAAUGGAAAGCUUCUCGCCAGUCAUGUUCCUAUCGUGCACGAUACGGAUGAUUGUGUCAGCGUAUGUUCCUGCACCUGUCUUGGGCCAGCAAAUUCCGAGCUGCUUGAUCCUUCCGGGUAUCAGGGUUACCGACCACCCCCAACUUCCGCCAGUCUUCGUGUGAAGCGCGCAUCCGUCUGAUGGAGGGAGUUUCGUCGUCGCAGUCUACGUCGCCGACUUACAAAGGCCGACAGCCGAGAAUUGCUCGGCAUCGAUGUUUAAGAGCUCAUUUUCCGCACAAAAUCCCUCAUGAGAGAAUACCUGUGAUACAUCCACAGAGGACAGUUUCUAACAUUUGGUACAGAUUUUCACACCUUAUGUGAAAAGCAAAAA